AUGGGAACUCCGCCCGAUAGAGCAGCUGCCAGAAAGGUUGCGCAGGCAGCUCAGACAUCAUUGAUUAACCCUAACGUUGGGUCCCAAUCUGCAAGGAACCCUGAAUUCCCAAGUAUGGCUAUAUCUCGAGAAUGGACAUGCGUUUCCGACUUUGGCCGAUGGAUGUGCGCUAUCAACUCACUCAGAACCAACUCCUUUCUUUGGAUGAAGAUUCGCCAUAUCGCAUCGGCACACAUCAUUUUGAGGUGGAAGAGGCCUGUAACAGGCACCAUGAACUGUACACAGUUCCAGGGCGUCGAUUCCUCUAGCUGGGUCAUUUUCAAGCUGCAUAGAUGUUGGAUGAUUGCCAAGGUUGUCAUAGUCGGACAAUGUGAGGAGGGUCCUCCUGCUGGUGCUAUGCAUCAUAAUACUCAAGCAGGGCACCUGUUUCUGGAAGGCAAGUUCCUCAAUCAUCCUCUCCUCUACCACUGCCGCUGUCCAGGACCUGUCACACAAGCCCAAAAAGGCUUUGAGUUGGGACCCAACGUUAGGGUUAAUCAAUGA